AUGAAUGAAUUAUCUUCGUAUCCUCAUGUUCAUGAAGAUCUUCAAGUGAUAAAGACGGCUUUUAGUGGAUGUCCUCGUAGUACUUGGUUUUUUUUAGACAAUAGAUUUUUACAGGGUGUGUUGGCUGGUAUUAUACUGUUUUAUGUAGUAUUAUAUUACACUCGCCGUUAUAAGAAUAGAGUAAUAAUUCCUCCAAAUGAUAAUACAUUUACCUAUGCUACGUCAAAUGCACAAAUGUCAUUUACGAAUGAUGGUAGAACGUACUGUUAA